AUAGUGAACGUCAGGUGAUUAUAGUGGCGCGUUAUUGCUUGCAGUUGUAACACACACGCACAUAGUGUCUGGUGUUAUUCUACCAAUACGCGUUAUUAAAUAUACAACUGACUGAUUCAUUUGUUUGUUUAUUGCUCGUCCUGUAAUGGCGGAACAGAUCACGAGAGAAGAUGCGUUGACACGGGAGGGCUACAGACAUGCGUGUCACAUUAUGCUGUACGGAGACUGUAGUGCCAAACUCUUCGGGAAAAUCCCAAUCAAACAUAUAGUACUGAUGCAGAUGCGUUUUGAUGGCUUGCUGGGUUUCCCAGGGGGAUUGGUGAACCCGUCUGAGGAGACGCUGGAGGCGGGGCUUAGCAGAGAGCUCCACGAGGAGGUGGGCGUGGCUGUGCCUGUGAGCGUGGACAAUCACGUGUCCUCCUGUUUCUCUCCAUCCUGCCCUCGGCUCCUCACGCACUUCUACAUCAAGAAGAUGACAGAGUCAGAGCUGAAAGAGAUAGAGAAAGCAGCUGUAGUUACAGCCACAGACCAUGGUUUAGAGGUAUUAGGUAUGGUCAGAGUGCCCCUCUACUUCCUCAAGAAUGGAGGUGGUCUCCCCUAUUUCCUGUCCCACUCGUUCAUCAGCAACUCUCGGGCCCAGCUGCUCUCUGCCCUGCAGCGCUGCAGGCUGCUGUCCCAGGGGGAGCUGGAGAAGGCUGUGAGACAGGCUGAGCAGAUGAGACGCACACGCAGCGGUGAUCCACACUGACAUCAGUUUACACAGCAGUGCCUUUUCACCCCUGGGCCACAGCUACAUCACAGUAGCCCAACCCCCUCAUUGCCAGUAGAAACUCCCUCUUGUCCUCACCCUACCCUCCGUUCCUGAUUCAACCAUAUACAGCAUGUACUCUCUGUAGAUAUCCUGUGUCUCAGAGGAUCAGACCUGUUUAAUAUGCCUUAACGUGUGACACUAGAUUCACUUAAUUGGGAUUGUUAUUGCUUGGUAGUAUUUUCAUGUCCAUAUUUGGACAUACUCUGGGAUGUUGCAAUAAUUAUACCUCAUAACAAUUUAAUUCGUUGUUAAUAUGAACCCAUAUAAUUUGCAUAUGCAAAUGAUUAAUAUAUUAUUUAUGAAGAGGUGUAUAAGAGACUUAUACGCCAUACUGUUUGUUGAAUUUAUCAGAUCUGUUUAUGAGAGUUAUUUGCAAGAAAAAUUGUGCAUGCUGGUUUGACUAAUAAACAGCAUACAGCAUAUAAGGCUUAUUUUUCAGAGGUUUUUCGCAAAUUUGGAGAUGGUCCUCACUGCAGAACAUAAGAUCCAGGGGGCGAGGUUGGAUAAAGAUCCAACUCCUCCCACCUUACAAAUACCUAAACCCACCCAUCUCCACCCCCUGGAUCUUUGUUCUGCAGUUAGGGGCUACUGCAAAUUUGUGUCAAAACUAAGUCACUUCACACUUGCAGUACUUAGAAUGGCCACAGAGUUGCGCUACCAGACUUCCCCUUUUACAAGCAAGUCUAUAUAUAUCUGGCUGUGAGUUUGUAAUUUCAGUGCCACUUGCUUUAAUUGUAAAAUUGUAUUGUACAUUUUUUUGACGGAACUGUAAAAAUAAUGACUAAUAUGAAUAAUGAAUAUGUUAAGAUGUAGCACAAUACUUUAAUGCCCAUUUUGUUUAAAGUAGUAAUUCACCGCUGGCAAGAUGGGCUGUCUGUACAGUAGAAAUGAAAUUUUAAAAAAAAUCUGUAGUUUUCACAAAAGCCCUGGAGGUGUCAAAAGGGUUAAGGAUUAAGUCGUGGGGAUAUCUUGGUGCAAAUAACACAGAUAACACAAUUUUGUUCAUAUACAUACUACUGGCUAGUUGAAAGUUGGCAAACUUAUCCUUUAAGCAUUUUUUAUUCUUAGUAUUUACUACGCUGUAUAUUCUGGAAAACAUACAUGUUUAAAAGUAAGGGGUCUAAAUGUGUUCAGAGAUCAGUCUGUUAGUGAAAAUGUUUCUAGUUUGCAUUGUUCCCAUUUAAUUUUUACUUUUUAUUACAAACUAUAUUAAUAAGUAUUGUAGCGAACUAAAAAAUAAUCCCAGUGUUUGCUUAGUUCCCCUUUUGCUUUAAUGGCAGCAGCACUCAAAUUUCACGAGCUCUACAGGUAUGUGUGAAACCUGAUCAUCUUGUUCUCUAGCAUGAUUUGAAAAUAAUCCAAAGAGCAUUUUGAGCAAAAACAUCUGUUGAAAGAGUCACAUGUUGCAAUGUCACCAAUUUGCUUAAAUAUGAAUUAAAACAUUUCCUAUUUGUU